CCCUGGGCGAGGGCUCGCGCCGCCGCGCCGCCGACAUGCUCCACACCGGUAACUACAGCCUGGUGCUGUUCGUGCAGUUCCUGCUGCUUUUCUACGACCUGUUUGUCAACUCCUUCUCCGAGCUGCUCCGCACAGCGCCUGCGGUCCAGCUCGUCCUCUUCAUCAUCCAGGACAUUGCCGUUCUCUUCAACGUCAUCAUCAUCUUCCUCAUGUUCUUCAACACCUUCGUCUUCCAGGCCGGUCUGGUCAACCUCCUCUUUCACAAGUUCAAGGGCACCAUCGUGCUGUCAGCGGCCUACCUGGUGCUCAGCAUCACCUUCCACGUGUGGAUCAUGAACCUGCGCUGGAGAGACCCCGGCGGCUUCGUGUGGAGCGAGGGCCUGCAGGCGCUGUUCGUGUUCCAGCGCCUGGCCGCCGUGCUCUACUGCUACUUCUACAAGAGGACCGCGGUGCACCUGGGCGACCCGCUCUUCUACCAGGACUCGCCGUGGCUGCGCAAGGAGUUCGCGCAGCUCCGCGGCUGACGGCGCCGCUCCGCCCGGCCCCGCUCCCUGCUGCUC